CAGUCAGGCGUAGAAGUGUGAACAGACGUCUAUUUGAGCAGUAGAUUUAAUCACUGAAACAAUAGCUGAACUCAUUAGUCUGGAAAACAACUUUCAUCGAAAUUUAACAGCCAGUCGCCGUCUGCAUUAAUCAGAUCAGGCACUCAGGAGCAGGACUACCCGAAAGUGAGGGUGUCCACUCCAGUAAUCUAACACAACUUUUUAAGAGGCUUUAGUUGCGGAACGAACUAGCCAACUGACAUGGCCGUGUCGAGCAGCCCGAAUCCAAAAACCUUGGAGGAUCUGACGCUGGACUCUGGCUAUGGUGCCGGUGACUCCUAUCGCUCGCUUCCCUCAUCCAGAUGCAACUCCCAGGCGCACACCAGUGCACCUCAUCGCUCAGGAUGGUGUUGCAACGGGGGUUCGAUGAACAGCCGCAACAACAGUUGGGAUACGGUAAACACAGCGCUCCCAGAAGAGCCAGAGGACGUACUUAACAAAUGCCCCCGGCUUCCAGACCUGGAAGAGUUCCCCUGGACUGACGACGAGGUGGCGAAAGUCCUGCAGAAAGUGUCCGGGGAGGAUGCGAGGUUUUCGACUGAGGCCGUCCGGAGAUUAUCUCUGCUUCUGCGAAGGGCACUGCUACGGAUCUCAAGAGAGGCACAGCGUCUCAGUGUAAUGCACUGCCGUUGCACUCGCUUCGAGGUCCAGAGCGCCGUCCGCCUGGUUCUUAGCUGGGCUCUAGCUGAGACAUGUGUCUCGGCAACGGUCAAAGCCAUCUCCCUUUUCAGCAUGAGCUCCGGGGAGAUCCUGCGUAAAGGCAAAUCCGCCCGCUGCGACCUCACCUUACAAGUCGGACGAUUUUUUCGCUGGAUGGUGGACACUCGGGUUUCGGUGCGCAUUCACGAACACGCAGCGAUUUGUCUUACCGCAUGCAUUGAGAGCCUGCUAGAGGAGAUAGGAUGCCGGGUCUUGCUUUGGCAUAGACAGACAACACAUGGCGGUUUCGGUGGCCCCGCGCUUGUUGGAGUGGAUGCUGUGGAAGCAGUUGUCAACAACGAUGCUGAACUUUAUGGAGUCAUGCUGCAGUACGAGCAUCUGAUUUGCGGGAAAAAUGCAAACGGUGAGCUGUCUCUGCCUGCCCGGUUUAGCCGCUACUCUGAGGUGGAUGUCGGGGUGGAACGACGGGAAGACGCCUAUGCCCAGCUGGAGCUGCGCACCCUGGAGCAGGCCCUUCUGGCCACCUGCGUGGGCAGCAUCUCCGAGCUCAGUGAUCUGGUGUCCAGAGCUAUGCACCACAUGCAGGGUCAGAGCUCUGCAGGCCCAGGUCUCAGCCCUCUCCAAACUGGCCACAGGCAGCUAAUCUCCUGGUCACCUGAUGCGCUACACACACUCUAUUACUUCCUGCGCAGCCUACAGAUGGAAUCUCUGGAAAACCCCAACCUGGAGCCACCCAGAAUGGCCCUCAAUCGAGAAAGGCCCUUUGUACUGCUGCCUCCGCUGGGGGAAUGGAUGCGCGUGUCCCUGGCUCACGCAGAGCACCGGAGGAGUCUGCUGCUAGACAACGACGACGUGAGACAGGCCGCCAGGCUACUGCUGCCCGGGCUCGACUGUGAACCCAGACAGCUGAGGCCAGAGUGUUGUUUCAGCUCCUUUAAGCGUCUGGACUCCAGAGCGGCCACGAACAAGUUCAACCUGGACCUGGGCUUCAGGAUGCUCAACUGUGGACGCAGCGAUUUGAUUGGACAGGCCAUACAGCUGCUGGGACCAGAGGGCGUGAAUACUAAAGAUGACCAGGGGAUGACUCCUCUGAUGUAUGCAAGUGUGGCUGGGGACGAGGCUCUUGUGCAGAUGCUGGUUGAUGCAGGGGCCAGCCUUGAGGUGACGGUUCCGGCCUGCUCGUCCACUCAUCCUUCUGUCCAUCCGGACACACGGGAUUGGGUGGCUCUGACGUUCGCUGUUCUGCACGGGCAUUUGUCUGUGGUUCAGUUACUCUUGGAUGUGGGAGCAGAUGUAGAGGGUGCUGCCAGCAAGGGUGGGCAUCAGGGCUGGGCACCCACUCCCUUACAGCUGGCAUCUGCUGCAGGUAAUUAUGAGAUGGUGAGUCUGCUCUUGGAUCGAGGGGCGGAUCCUCUGCUACAGAUGCAUUGUGGGGCUGCUCUGACAUCAUCGCUGUAUGAGGACAUGAACUGCUUCAGUCAUGCUGCUGCUCACGGACACAGGAAUGUGCUGCGUAAGCUACUGUCCCACCCGGAGGGCCGGCAGGAUGAGGUGCUCUCCCUGGAGGAGAUCCUGGCUGAGGGCCUGCAGGACUCCAGACCGCAAACAGGCAGAUCCAGCCAGCAGGGGGCCCCGCCGAGACUAUGCAAGGCCCGGAUGAGAGCCCUGCAGCAGGCCUGCCUGCACAGCGCAGAACAUGGCUACCUAGACGUUACGAUGGAGCUCCGUACACUGGGUGUGCCUUGGCGGCUCCACGUGUGGCUGCAGUCCCUCCAGAGCGCCCAGCGGCAGUCCAGGAGCGACGUGCUCCUGUCCCUCCUGUCAGACUUCACCUCCAUCGGCCGUGAGGAGUAUUCCCAGGCCCUGGUCUCUGACGGUCUACCACUCAUGUUCAACAUCUUCAGAACUACCCAGAAUGAUGAGCUCAUGAGACAGCUGGCGGCCAUCUUUAGUCACUGUUUUGGCUCUGCUCCUCCUCCUCCUGUUCCAGCGGCACGGGACACACCCUCCGCACAGCUGGAUGCCCACUUCCUGAAUAACCGGGAGAUGUCUGACGUGACAUUCGUAGUUGAGGGACGGAUGUUCUACGCCCACCGGGUUCUGCUCAUGUCUGUUUCAGACAGGUUCAGGGCCUUGCUUGAGCCGACGCCCUCUAGUGGACUGCGAGAGCAUAAACCCAUCCCUAUUACCAAUGUCACUUACACCACCUUCCAGAGAAUGAUGAGUUAUUUGUACUGUGGUGGCAGUGAGUGUCUCAGAGCUCCUCUAUCAGACCUACUGGAGCUCCUGGCAGUGGCCAAUGCUUUCCAGGUGGGGGCGCUGAAGAGGCAGUGUGAGAUGCUGUGCUCGGACAGAAUUCAGCUGGACAAUGCUGUACGCCUCUACCUCAAAGCUAAGACAUUUGGAGCAACAGAGCUGGCUGUGUUCUGUGAAGGCUACUUCCUCCAGAGGAUGCCGGACCUCCUCGAGAUGGAGGACUUUCAGAGCCUCCUUCGCCCCUCCUCAGGGUCACCUGCAGUGAGGUCACAGCUGGACCUCCUGCCCCUGGAGGGCCUGCAGACCACGCUGAGCCGCCGCCUACUCUCCCUCUGUGUGCCUGUCCAGGGCUGAGCUGGACAAGGGACACGGACCUCAUCUCAUCAGUGGAACCAAUGAG